GUUCACACAGUCCAUUAAGAAGCCUAGCUGAGGAAUCAUCUGCUACCGAACGUCUUUCCAACACGCACAACACAGAACAAUGUCAGGACCGAGACCCGUGGUGCUGAGCGGCCCUUCCGGAGCAGGGAAGAGCACUCUGCUGAAGAGGCUGAUGAAGGAUCAUGAGGGAGUCUUUGGAUUCAGUGUGUCACACACAACAAGAAACCCUCGACCAGGAGAGGAAGAUGGCAAAGGGCUGAACAAGCUCCCCAUGCUUCUGGGGGCUACUUUACUGCCCGUAGCAGCCGUCUUUUCCUCAGAAGACUUAGAAACCUCAUUUUCGUGUCCAAAUGAAUCAGAAACCACAGAUAAAGACUACCACUUCACAACGAGAGAAGCCAUGCAGGAGGGCAUCGACCAAGGAGAGUUCAUUGAAAAUGCUGAGUUUUCUGGCAACAUGUAUGGAACAAGUAAGGCUGCUGUGGAAGACAUGCAAGCCAAGAACCUGAUCUGUAUCCUUGAUGUGGACAUCCAGGGGGUGAAGAGGAUUAAAGAGACUGACCUGAACCCUAUCUACAUCUCAAUCCAGCCUCCAUCCAUGGAGAUCCUGGAAAAACGUCUGAGAGACAGACAGACAGAAACAGAGGAGAGUUUACAGAAACGUCUGGAGGCUGCACGCAUCGACAUGGAGCUCAGUAAAGAGCCUGGAGUGUUUGAUAUUGUUAUAACCAAUGAUGACUUAGAGACGGCCUAUGAGGAGCUGAAAGAAAUCCUCAAUGAAGAAAUCAAGAAGGUUCAGGACGCCAAGUAAUGAGGAGAAAAAAACCCAGUUUUUCUGCUGCUAGACUGAAGAACAAACACUUGUGACCCCGACCUUAAUAACUCCACCAGUGACUAAAAAUGGAAAUGAAAUGGGCUCUCGUCCGGAGAAAAGUUUUUUUCUUUGCUCUCUGCAUGGACUGAGCUGCUGUCAUGAAGAAACAGACAUGAAGGAACCUGGGUUGAAAUGUGUUUGCUCUUUGGGGAUUUGUGUUGAAUUUAGUACAUUUAAAAACAAAUACCAAGUAUAAUAAAUAGUGCAUAACCAUAUAUGUUUGCCAGUCUGCUCAGCUGAAAAAAAAACCAACUGAAGAACUGCCAAAUUCAGUGCUGCAUUUGGUUUGUCGGUUUUGGCGCUGAUCUGCUCUACGUGGAGAGUUGAUCAGGCAUCAGUCAGUGUUCAGAACAUAGUCACACUUUGAUUUGUUUUGUUGAUGUUUAAUAAAGGGGAAAUAAAUUCAUACAUAGCUAAAUACAUAAAAAUGUAUGCUUAUUUAUAUGCAGGUCUAAGAUUCUGUAUUUUAUCUGCACAUCAAAGAUGUCGUCUAAGAGAAAAUCAUUAUUGUGUUAUAUGUAUGUGGGUUUGUACACAAAUAAAGAAUAAAAAAUGACAAGGAUUAAAAUUUUUGUCUCAUUUAAAA